GGCUGCCCUUCUCAGUCGUGCACCCCUAGGAGCUCGGUGCAGGUGGGUUCCGGCAUCCUUCACGUCAGGCCGGUCUCGCCGAGCCGAGGCUGGGAGAGGGGCGGCGGCGGCGGCGGCGGCGGGCGGGGCAGGCCGGCUGGGAAUUCAGCCGUGUUGUCCUUCCUCACAGAACAAACCCAUCUAUUGCAGGCCUAGUCUGAAUCGCAGCCUUUGUAAACAAGAAAGAAGCGCCUGUAGGGCAUCAAGCAUGGCAUUUCCAGAGAGGUGUUAAUUUGCAGCUUUGUCGAGAGCGAGAAUCGCUUGGCCUUCUCUGAGGGAGACUGAACCGGCCUGGACUCGGGGAAAGGAUGAGAUAAUGUGUGCUCAACAUGUCACGGACACCAAAGAAGUCAAGUGGCAGAAGGUUUUAUAUGAGCGGCAGCCCUUCCCUGAUAAUUAUGUCGACCAAAGAUUCCUGGAAGAACUCCGGAAAAACAUCUACGCCCGGAAAUACCAGUACUGGGCUGUGGUGUUUGAGUCCAGCGUGGUGGUCCAGCAGCUCUGCAGUGUCUGUGUUUUUGUGGUGAUCUGGUGGUACAUGGAUGAGGGGCUUCUGGCCCCCCAGUGGCUCUUUGGGACUGGGCUGGCGUCUUCACUGCUUGGCUAUAUUUUAUUUGAUCUCAUUGAUGGAGGCAACGGGCGGAAGAAGAGUGGGCGGACCCGGUGGGCGGACCUGAAGAGUACUUUGGUCUUCAUUACUUUCACUUACGGAUUUUCACCCGUGUUGAAGACCCUGACGGAGUCUGUCAGUACUGACACCAUCUACGCCAUGUCUGUUUUCAUGCUGUUAGGCCAUCUUAUCUUCUUUGAUUACGGUGCCAAUGCCGCAAUUGUGUCCAGCACACUGUCCUUGAACAUGGCCAUCUUUGCUUCUGUUUGCCUGGCCUCACGUCUCCCCCGGUCACUGCAUGCCUUCAUUAUGGUGACAUUUGCCAUCCAGAUUUUUGCACUGUGGCCCAUGUUACAGAAGAAACUGAAGGCAUAUACCCCACGAAGCUAUGUAGGGGUCACCCUGCUUUUUGCAUUUUCAGCUUUUGGGGGUCUUUUGUCCAUUAGUGGUGUGGGAGCCAUACUCUUUGCCCUUCUACUGAUUUCCAUCUCAUGCCUUUGCCCUUACUACCUCAUCCGCCUACAACUUUUUAAGGAAAAUAUUCACGGGCCUUGGGAUGAGGCUGAAAUUAAAGAAGACUUGUCUAGGUUCCUUAGCUAAGCUGGGGACCUUCAUUGCAGUAUUAUGAAAGCUGAAAGACUUAGAACCUAACCAGUAUAACAUUUAAAGGCAGAGUUCCACUCUUGAAGCAGAGGGCUGUUCUGGGUGGUAUAACAGAGAUCAGAAGAAAGCAUUUUUUAACCAAGGGUUUAGUGAAGGUGUUUGCCCUUCAGUUAUUUUGUGAAAAAGCUUUCUGGUGCCAUCAUGAAUUAUUGUCCCUCUUUAUUCCUUGUAACAAAUGAUGUAAUGUAGGUUCUGCUUAUUAAAAAAGUAACACCCAUUGAA